AUGCGGCACCCGACGCCGCUGCAGAACGAGCCCCGAAAGAUCAGCUACAGCCGCAUCCCGGACAGUGAGACGGAGAGCAGCGCCGCUUCAGCUCCCAACUCUCCCCGCACUCCACUGACGCCUCCAGCAGCCUCCCACCACAUCCAGCUCCACCGACAUCUGCAGCGUGUUCGACUCGCCACAGCCGCCCUCCAGCCCUUCCACUCCAGAUCUUCCUCAGUGUCCUCGAUGAUGAGUUUCCUCCGGAAUGACGAGCUUCCCGUUCCUCCGCCGAUCCCACCGCGCCGCCGGCCGGAGUCUGCGCCCGCCGAGGCCUCGCCCUCCAAGAUGAUGUCCAAGCACCUGGACAGUCCUCCGGCGAUCCCCCCACGGCACCCCACCACUAAAGUGUACUCGCCCCGUUACUCUCUGACAGAGCCGCCCGACAGCCCCCCCACCCUGCCGCCGCGGGAGCCGGUGCGGACCCCAGACGUGUUCUCCAGCUCCCCGCUGCACCUGCAGCCGCCUCCACCGGGACGCCGCUCCGAAGCCAGCCAGGCCUUCUUCCCUCCGCAGAUGCCCGGGCCACCCGUCCCGCCGCGCCACAGCACCUCGCAGUCACCCAUCCCCAAAACUCCCGCCCAAGACCUACAAGAGAGAGUCGGUGCACCGUGA